AUGCUCAAGGAGGAGUACUGUCCAAGGAGUGAGAUCCAGAAACUAGAAGCAGAAUUGUGGAACCAUCAGAUGAAGGGAAAUGACGUGGACUCAUACACUGCACGUUUCCAUGAGUUAGCCAAAUUGGUGCCACAUUUGGUGACGCCCGAGGAGAACCGAGUUGAUCUAUACGUUUGGGGCUUGUCUCCUGUUAUCAGAGGGAAUGUGAAUUCGGCUGACCCGAAAACACUGCAAGAAGCAGUGAAAUUAGCGACAAGGCUCACCAACAAUGCAAACCGUUCGGGAGCAUUCACAAGUGACAAGGCGAGAGGAAAAAGGAUAAUGGAGGAACCUGCUAGAAGACAGUUUGAAAAAAGGAUGGGUAAGGAGCAGAAAGUAUUAGGAAACUAUGGAAUUCAGGCACCGGCGACCGAGAGAGGGAAAGGAUCAUACACAAAGUGUGACAAGUGCAACAAACAACACUUGGGGAGAUGUAUCACAUGUCAUAAGUGCAACAGGACAGGACAUGUUGCAAAGGAUUGCAGAAUCAGAGAAGGACGGGUUUAUUUUGAGUGUGGAAGCCCAAAUCAUAUCCGAAACACUUGUCCUAGAAGAAAUCAAAGGCCCUACACAAAUCAAGCACGACCAACCAAUCAAGGGAACCAAGGGGGUCAGGCACGAGGCCGAGUGUUUGAGAUUGGGGCAGAAGAAGCAAGGCAAAAUCCUGAUGUCGUCACAGGUACGUUUCUCCUAAACAGUAAUCUUGCAUCUGUACUUUUUGAUUCUGGAGCAGAUAGGAGUUUUGUAUCGCUAGAUUUUAGGCCAAAGAUAAACAUAAGACCCCAAAAGUUGAACGAAGUACAUAUAAUAGAAUAUGCUAGCGGACAGAAAGUUAGGUUCAAAGAUGUGAUCAAGAACAUCACUCUAAACUUGGUAGAAACGAAUUUUAGUAUUGACCUAAUCCCAAUCAAAAUAGGAAGUUUUGAUUUAGUCGUGGGUAUGGAUUGGUUGUCUGAAAACCGAGCUGAAAUUUGUUGUGCUGAAAAGAAGAUUCGUAUACCACUAUCAGAAGGAAGAAUACUCGAAGUACAUGGAGAGAAACCAAGGAGGGAUCUUAAAAUAGUGACAUAUAUGAAAAUGCGAAAUUACAUGAGGAAAAAUUGCGUUGUAUUCUUGGCACAUGUUGUGGAUAGGGAGAUCAAAGAGAAGCGUAUUCAGGAUCUCCCGAUAGUGCGAGAUUUUCCUGAGGUAUUUCCAGAUGAAUUACCUGGAUUACCCCGGCACAGACAAGUAGAGUUUCAUAUUGAUUUAGUUCCUGGAGCUGCACCCGUGGCAAAGUCGCCUUACCGAUUAGCACCAUCGGAGAUGCUGGAUUAUCAGAACAACUACAGGAGCUGCUCGAUAAAGGAUUCAUCAGACCUAGCUCUUCAUACUGGGAACUCCGGUUCUAUUCGUCAAAAAGAAGGAUGGAUCUUUCCGGAUGUGGAUUGA